UCGGUAGGGAAGGUUUGGCACAAUCACACUGGGCUGUUGGUGAGAGAGAGGAUCGAGUCUGUGGGACAUGUGAGUUAGUGUGAGUGCGUGUGAGAGCUCGUGAAGGUGUGUUUGUACGAGGUGCCAGUGCUGACGGCUGGCGCUGAACUGUGGAUAUACGGAUUGGGCUUAAAAUGAAGGCUCUGCUUGGGCUCCUGUGGUGCUGCUGGCUCCUAACUCUCACAGUGGCAUCCGAGGCUGAACGCAUGCUACUGGAGGAUUUGUUUCAGGAUUACAACCUGAAGGUGCGUCCAGCGCGUAGCUGGAAUGAGCGAGUGAUGGUCCGAGUGGGAAUGACUUUAGUGCAGCUCAUCAGCUUGAACGAGAAGAAUGAAGAGAUGACAACAAACGUGUUCAUGAAUAUGGAAUGGACAGAUUACAGAUUAUCUUGGAAUCCCGUGGACUAUGAAAAUAUUGAUGUUGUGCGAAUUCCUCCCUUAAAAGUGUGGCGUCCAGACAUCUACCUAAUCAACAAUAAUGAUGGUCAGUUUGACGUUGCCCUCUAUGUAAACGUGCUAGUGAGAAGCGAUGGGACCGUCUCCUGGUAUCCACCAGCCAUCUACCGCAGCUCCUGUUCCAUAGAGGUGGCGUACUUUCCAUUUGACUGGCAGAACUGCACAAUGGUGUUUCGUUCCUACACGUACGAUUCCUCAGAAGUGGACCUUCAGUACGGUCUCGAUGAAGAUGGCAACGAGCUCCACGAGAUAGUGAUUGAUGAGAAUGCAUUCACUGAGAACGGUGAGUGGCAGAUUUGUCACAAGCCCAGCAGAAAGAACAUCCACGAUGACUUGUAUGAGGACAUCACCUUCUACCUGAUCAUUGAGAGGAAGCCUCUGUUCUACAUCAUUAACAUCAUCGUGCCCUGCAUCCUCACCAGUGUGCUGGCCAUAUUUGUCUUCUAUCUGCCACCUGGUGCAGGUGAGAAGAUGACUCUGUCCAUCUCGGUCCUUAUCGCUCUCACUGUUUUCAUGCUGUUGUUGGCUGACAAAGUCCCGGAAACAUCACUUGGCAUUCCUAUCAUCGUUAAAUAUGUAAUGUUCACCAUGAUCCUGGUGACGUUCUCAGUCAUCCUUAGUGUGGUGGUCCUGAACCUCCACCACAGGACUCCCAGCACACACCACAUGCCCUCAUGGGUGCGAAAGGUUUUCAUCAACUUACUGCCCCGUUACUUGGGUGUGCUGAGGCCCCAAAUUGAGAAACCAGUGGAGGACGAGCCAAAAGAAAGCAUCCCGUUGGGUUGUCUAGACAAAGGUCUUAAACCUGGAGGUGAAUAUUUUAUCCGAAAGAUCAACCCAGAGCUGGUAUUGCCUUGGAGAGGAAGUCAUAACGAGAGCACUGUGAAGCUGCAGAGGUUUUCAAACAGUGACAACUAUUGUCUGAUUCUGCCUCCGAAUCUCAAAUCUGCAAUCGCCGCCAUCACGUACAUGGCUGAGCAAUUGAAGAAACAGGAUGUGGACGAUACUAUGACAGAUGACUGGCAGUACAUUGCUGUGGUUUUGGAUCGGCUCUUCCUUUGGCUCUUUGUCAUCAUUACUACCCUGGGCACACUGGCCAUGUUUCUGGAUGCCAGUUUCAACUACACUCCUGACCAACCUUUUCCAUGAGCACAUCCCUUAAAUGACAGGCACACCCUGAACACAAAACAUUGGAAAACAAUCAUAUUUAUUUGCCUUUCUUUCUUUCUCUUUCUUUCUUUUCUUCCAAGUUUCCAUUAUGAUGUAUUGUUGAUAUUUUUCCAUAACAAUAUAUUUGUUAUUUUCAAGUUCUUUCAAUUCAUCCACUAUGUAUAAUCAUACAUUUAAACUUUACUUAUCACUUAUUGCAUACUGUAUUAAGUCAUUACAUGUAAUAAAUCUUUAAGAAUAAUUAUUUUACUUCUUAGGUAAUAUAUUAAUAAAAUGUUAUUGCCAUAGUCUUGAUUACCUUUUUCUUAACUUUUUAAUUGAUCUAAUGUUCAUAAAACAGUGAGAGCAUGUAAAUUGUUGCCUUUAUUUAAUUGUUUUUUGUCAUUAAUUUAUCGUUUAUUUCUUAAUUUAUUUCUUAAUUAUGACAAAGAACUGCACAGAUGCAGAUAUUAUAACAAUCUAUCGAUAAACACACACCUUGUCCUUGCUAUAGCCCCCCUAAAAUGCGCUGCCCUAGAGAAUAUAUCAUAAAAAAUUAUAAUCACAUGCAUAUUCAGUGUAAUCUAAACAAUCAUACAGUAUUUCUCUCCUUGUGUGCAGCUCUUUUCUGUCUGCCAGCAGUGGUUUGUUAAAUCCUUCCUGGACCUGACUCGUCACCGAACUAUUAGGAUAUAAAGUCUGACAAGCAUGCUUUAACGCCAUGCUUUGCCAAUCUAGCUACAGUAAAGUUAAUGAACUGAUGUGCAGUCACUUCUAAACAAUGUUAGCUGAUGAUUUUUUCGACUGACACACCUCUUUUUUUAGCCAGUAAUUUGAAUAUUAACUUACAUUAUGUUGUACAUUAUGUUCCAAUAAUAUGAGAAUAUGAAAUAUUCUCAUAUUUGAAUAUACAGGCAGAGCCAAACUCAUGGCUCAUGUUUAGAUCAAGCUCCUAAAGCAACAUGAUAUUGUUCAUGAUUACCUUACAGAAGCUUUUAUUGGGUUAACAUUAAUUUAUUUGGACUCACACGACCAAUUUGAUGCUAGUUUUCUGAUAUUUUGUGUUGGAUGAAUUUCUGUUGGAUG